AUGAGUGGCCGUGUUGCGAUAGCCCGGGCUGAGUUGAUGGAGGUUCAGAAGCAAGCUCGGGAUUCCCUGGAUCCUGGCGUAUUUGAUCAGGAACGGCUUUUGGCCAUUAAAUUUCAGAAACUACUUGACAAUGAAACUAAGUUUUUGAAGCAACGAUCCCGCAUCAAAUGGUGUAAUGAGGGUGAUGCGAACACGGCCUUUUUCCACGCAUGUAUAAGCCAAAAGAAGAAGAAGAAUCACAUCUCCAGCCUUAUGGAUGCUGCGGGUAAUCAGGUUUCGGAUGCGAGCGGUAUUAAAUCGAUCCUUUUGAAUUACUACAAGGAACUUUUGGGAUCUCAUGCUACUUCUGCACCCCUUCGGCCGAGCGUGCUGGCCGCGGGCCCGAGGGUUCCGGAGGAUGAUUGUAUAAACUUAUGCGAGCCUAUCUCUGAUAUGGAGAUCCGGACAGCAAUGUUCUCCAUUGAUUCUGACUCUUCACCAGGUCCAGAUGGUUUCUCUUCGAAGUUCUUUAAAUCUUCAUGGCACAUCGUUGGGCCUCACAUCAUUCAGGCGGUCAGGAAUUUCUUUGAAUCCGGACGGAUACCUUUUGGGGUGAAUGCUACUGCCAUCACCCUCAUUCCGAAAGUUCCAUCUUCCUCUCAGGCUAGUGAGUUUCGUCCUAUCUCUUGCUGUAAUGUCAUUUACAAGUGUAUUGAUAAUGUACUUUGUGCUAGAUUGAGACCGGUAUUGGAUAAGGUGGUAGGUCCUGAUCAGGUCAAUUACAUCAAGCCUGGGAGAGAUAUUACACACAAUAUUCUGCUGGCUCAGGAAAUGGUGCAAGGGUACUCCAGACGUCACUUGUCUCCCAGAUGUGCUAUUAAGGUAGACCUUCGGAAGGCCUAUGAUUCUAUAUCAUGGGAUUUUCUAGAGGAAAUAUUACGAGAGCGGGGUUUCCCUCUUUGCUUUUGCAGCUGUAUUAUGGCAUGUAUAACUACGACGCGGUUUUCUUUGAUGGUUAAUGGAGAACUCACAGGGUUCUUUGAGGGGAAGCGAGGAUUACGCCAGGGGGAUCCUAUUGCUCCGUACCUCUUCACAUUAGUGAUGGAGUAUUUAUCCAGGGCUUUACGGAUUGCAUCUUUAUCCUCAGAGUCUCGUUUCCACCCAACGAACGAAGCACUAUACUAG